CUGUAAGUAAUUUAAAUCAUAAGAAAAAAAAAUCUCAUAUAUGUCCACUAAUUUAGUCAAAAUCAAUAUGAUGAGAAAAUGUACACUUUUCCUUCUACCAGCUAUUGAAUGCUGAAAUUGAAAAUUAGAAAAUAUAAUUUUCACCACAGCCCGUGAAGGCAGCAUAAUGUGGGCGAAGUUUUAUGGCGGGCCAAACAUCACGUGACAGCAGAGCAGUUGUCAGAUUGGCUCUGAGCUUCCACGUGACAAUAAAGAAUGCGUGUGAUUGGCUCCUUGUUGCCUCUUGCUUUUUUCCCGCAACAAACAAGUGUGGAAGCCUGUGGGUUCGCGGCUGGACCUUUUUAGCUGCUAAAAUGCCGAAAAGAGCCUGUCCUUUUCCUGAAACUUUCUCCUCUCAAUACAAGAUACAUGUCGGGCAACAAGAGUUGAAUAGUUACGGCAUGUUUGGGAACAAAUACAGGCAAGAAGUCUACGAAAAGACAAAGAACUUGCUUUUUACCGGUGCCAAGGCUGUGAUGGGCAAAAUAUGGACGGGAGAGGAAAAGUGCACAGACCCGCGUCCACCUGGACAAGCUGAGACACCUGCAUGCAGCCAGACACUGCUGAGAGGACAGACACUGAUUGGACAUGAUGGGAGACUGACGAGAGCAAAUGCCACUCCAGGUGCACCAGUGGCUCCUGCAGGCUGCUGUGUGUGUCAAAAGAGCCAGGGGUCCAGGACACUAUGCUCCCAAUGUGACCGUCCAGCGUGUUCCUCCUGUACUCGUCAGUGCUCAAGCUGCUCCAGCCACUGCUGCUCUGUCUGCACCAUCAUAGAUUACAGUGGGCGAUAUGAUGAAGUGCUCUGCUGCAGUUGCUCAGUGUAAAGGAGGACCAGGAGGGAGCAUGAGUUUAAGCUUGAACAUACUGUGUAUGUAGUUGCCUCACAUGAGAUAUUACUGAGACUGCAUUUUAUACCAGUGAUUUUUUUUUUUUUUUGAUCUUUUUUUUUUUUUUUUUUUU